AUGGCCAUCAACACCAAAGAGCGCUCCCUUCAAAAGGUUUCAAACCUAGCUCAUAUGACUCAGAUUUGUCAACAUUUGAUUUGGAAGCGUCAACUUGACAAAAAGGUUCACAAGCCUGUUUUACGAUAUCUACCAACUCUGGGGGUGGAGAACAACUCUGAUGCCAACUACGCUUUGGAUGAGGAGUACAAAGACAUUCCAGAUGCAAUUGAACUGGGGGUUAUGAACUUGCUAGGCAAUGAUACAGAUUUAUACAGUAUCAAUACUACAAAUCCAGCACUCCUGGAUCUACUGGCAGAUAUUCCAACAUCUCAAGCAACAGACUCUGUUGUUCUGAAGAAGUCAGAGCCACCCAUGUCUAAAAGCUCAAAGGCUUUGGCUAAGAAGGACACCAGCAGUGUGGACCUUGACUCAUAUUAG